CAUGUCUUUCUCUGGCGAGCUGUUUGUCUGGCGAUAGCAUUGGCUUCGUAGUGGAAAUUAUAUUUUGGGAGCGCUUAUCGUGGAAACAUUACGAAACGUGUUUGUGAUGUGCGCUCAUCUAAAACGAACCGUUUGCAAGUGAAGUGCGCGAGCGUCAAGAUAGAGCGGUGCAGGUGCACGAGCCGAAACGCAUGUGCAACGUUGUCUGCAGUGAGCAUUUAGCGCUACAUUAUUUAGCUAUAACAUCGCCAGUUUGCCAGCUACUUUUUAUACCCGUUAGCAAGUUACCUGGCUAGCUACUGCAGUAUAUAACUAUGACCUAGACACAUUUUGUAGUGGUAAUGAAUGAAAACCACUCAUUUCUAUUUUGAGGAGAAGAGUAAGGCCUACCCGACACAACAUUGCAUGUCAGCAACAUGGCAUUCACCAGCCUUUUUUCAAGUCUUCCAAACAAAGAAUUUGACCCGACGCCUUGUGAGCCGAUGGAAAGAUUUCAAAGGGAUGAAGGGCAACUGGAACCAGUUCAACUGAAGAAGGGGAACGAAAGGGAUGCCCAGUCCAGAAAGUGGCCAUUGCAACGGGGUCAGCAGAGUGGCCCCAGGAAGAGGAAAAAGGGGGACCAACAGGAGCAGUGUGGCCAGGCCAAGAAAAGUAACCUUCAUAAAUGCCCACCACAAUCUUAUAAAGACUUUGACUCUGUGGCCCGAGACUUCAUGGUGAAGUGUGAUUUCGAGCAACCAAGCUUUGACUUCAGUAGAGAACUGGACUUCUACAGUGAUAGCAAGGAGGGUGCAUACCCAGGUCAUGCUACAGAGAAGUCGGGUUGGAAGAACAUGAGGCCCGGAGAAGCCAUGGAUCCUGAUCAGAACAAGGAUGUUCAAGGUGUAAACAAGAAGAACGGACGGGAGCAGAAGAAGCAGCGAUGGGAGCCUCAGCAGCAGAGACUUGACAACCAGGCCAGAGGCAGAGGGGGAGACUCUGCCAGGAGGGGUGGGGAUUUUACCGGACUGGGUGGACACGGAACUAACCAGCCCAGAGACUUCUCCAACAGGGGCGGAGGUGGCUCCAACAGGGGCGGAGGUGGCUCCAACAGGGGCGGAGGUGGCUCCAACAGGGGCGGAGGUGGCUCCAACAGGGGCGGAGGUGGCUCCAACAGGGGCGGAGGUGGCUCCAACAGGGGCGGAGGUGGCUCCAACAGGGGCGGAGGUGGCUCCAACAGGGGCGGAGGUGGCUCCAACAGGGGCGGAGGUGGCUCCAACAGGGGCGGAGAGGGGAGCAAUAGAGGCCGGGGCUGUGACAAGAGGGGCAGUUUUCUCCGAGGAGGUGAUUGGUCAAAGCGAGGCACUGACCGGUCACGUAGUGGUGGACGACAGUUCCCAGAUGAUGGACGUUUAACACUGGAAACUUUGACAGGAAAGGGGAAGAAGAACAUGACAAAGGAAUUCAAAGACCAGAAUGCUUUGGAGAUUGACGGCAGGUUAAUCUGUCGACAUUUCCUCAGGGGAAAGUGCAUCAAGGGUGAUGACUGCCAGCUAGAACAUGCUCUGGACGUCAACUACUCGAUCAACGAAGUGUGUAAAUUCUACGUCCAGGGAUCCUGUUCGAAAGGAGAGAGCUGCAUAUACAUGCACAAGAGUUUCCCCUGCAAGUUCUUCCAUACUUACGAGAAGUGCUCCCAAGGAGACCAGUGCAGGUUUUCCCAUGAACCUCUGACUGAGCUCACCAAACAGCUACUGGAGGCAGCAUUGAAGAGGGACAAGGACAUUGAGGAACUGGCUAAAAAGGACAAGCCAAUCUGCAUAGAGGAGUCAGUGGCCACAAAGGAGUCGGCGUCAGCUGAGGAGACAAAGCCUGUCAUUAACAUGUUCCUGAAUCCCCUAAGGCCAAACUUUUACAACAGUUCAUCACCCUCUGAGCCACAUGCUGAGGAAAGUACCCCCAUGUGUCAGAAUGAAGUGUCAGCUGAGGUCGUGGAGAAGGAAAUUGCCCCUCCUACAGAGUCCAUUCGGUCUCCUGAUCCUCCCCCAAGCUCUCCUGGCUUUAAGGAACCGGUUUCUUAUUCAGUUGAGGCUGUGCUUGGGUCCCAUAGGCCCCUGGAAAAACCCUUCCGCAGCUUAUUUGCAGCCUCUAUCAGCCAGACUUCACAGACCCAACCAGAUCCCCUCACAACUACAUUAGUUCCUCCAGACUCUAUCAACACUCCUGAUCCACCCCUAAACUCUACAUGCGGCAAGAGAAAUGUUCCUUAUUCAGUCAAAGCUGUGCUUGGAUUCCAGAAGCCUGUAGAAAAACCCUUCUGCAGCCAAUUUUCAGGAUCCAUCACCCAGUCCUUCAGACUCCCCACACAGAUCCAAUCAGAUCCCCCCAGCACUACAUUCAUUUCUCCAGACCCCAUUAGUUUGUCUGGUCCUCAUCUGAAUAAGAGGCAGGCUUCUUAUUCAGUUGAGGCUCUCUCUACGCCCCAGAAGCCGGUGAAAAAAACCUUUUGCAGUCUCUUUGCAGGACCUAUCAGCCAGACCUCUACUAGACCUCCCAUACAAAACUCUGCUAAUUCUCCCAUCAACACCCCAGGCUGUACGAGACCAGCUUCUUAUUCAGUUAAGGCUGUUCUAAAGUCCCACAAGCCUGUGGAAAACCCCUUCCGCAGCCUCGUUGCAGGCCCCAUCAACCAGUCCUCUCGCCACCCUGAUAUACAGACCCAACUAGAUCCUCCUAGCACUACAUUAAAUCCUCCAGACUCCAUUCGGCCCCCUGAUCCUCCUUCAGUCUAUAAGAGGCCGGCUUAUUAUUCAGAUAAAGCUGUGCUUGGAUCUCCUAAACCUUUGAAACCAUCCUUCAGCAGCCUCUUUGCAGGCCCCAUCAGCCAGACCUCUCCCCAACCGCCCACUCAGUCCCAAGCAGAUUCCUCUAGCGCUACAUUUGGUCCUUCAGACUCUGCUCCUCUUGCAGGCUGUAAAAGGCUGGCUUCGUAUUCUGUUACGGAUGUGCUUGAGACCUAUAAGCCUGUGGAAAACACCUUCCGCAGCCUUUUUGCAGGAACCAUCAGCCAGACCACUACCGACGCUCCCUCACAGUCCCUAAACUCCCCCGGCUGUAAGGCACCAACUUCUAAAAAGCCCAUGGAAAAACCCUUCCGUAGCAUCUUUGCAGACCCCAUCAGCCAGACACCCAAAAACCACCCUCCCAGACAGACCCGACCAAAUCCCCCCAGCACUGCAUUUAGUCCUCCAGACCCCAUUCGGUCUUCUGAGUCUCAGCCAGUCUGCAAGAGACGGACAUCCUCAGUUGAGGCUGUCAGUGAGUCCCAGAAGUCCAUGGGAAAACCAUUUCGUAGCCUCUUUGCCGGCCCCCUCACACAGACGUCUACUUCUGACCAUCCAACACAGACCCAACCAGAUCCCCCUAGAAAUGUCACUGCUGAAAGACCAGCCUCUCAUUCACUUGAGGCUAUGUUUGAGACUCAGAAGCCAGUGGGGAAACCCUUUCAAAGCCUUUUUGCAGGCCCCAUCAGCCAGACAACCCUCCCUGACCCUCCAACACAGACCUGGCCAUAUACCCCCAUCGUCAAGCCUAAACAGAAGGAGCGUGACCCAACACCAUCCACCGAGCCGUCCACAACCCAUUCUGUUCUGAGGACCCUCUUCCUACGCCUGAGCCCAUGCCGCCAGGAGGGAGAGCAGGCAAUCAGUAACAGCUGCAAAGAUCCAGGAGGCGAUGGCCUGUGUUCCAGUGAAGACGAAAUCACGAGAGGAUCUACUUCCACAGGACAGCAGAGGCAGAGCCAGGAGGUGGAGGACGUUGAUGAGCUGGAGAGUGAGCGAGAGGAGCCGGAGGAGUGCGUUCUGAGAGAUGAGCUGUUAGUAAUUCCAGUAGAGCCAUUAGUGCCUUACGUGCCACUUGGUGACCCUCGCCACCAUCGGCAGGCUGAUAUCACCCUGCCACGCUCCACCUUCGCCCAGGACGUGGUGUGGUCCUUUGAAGACCUUGCCCCUCUUACUCCCCUCUCACUCCAUCACCAGCCGUCUGUCCCUCUGGCCUCCCCCUCUACUGAGAGAACAUCAGGUUCUGCUGUUGGACUGUCCAGUCCUGCAGGACUCAGGCCACAGCCUUCCCCACGGGACUCCAACUCUCAGGAGGCUGCAGCAGAGCAUCUCAUUCCCUCCAGGAAUUCAGGUAGGAGACAGGUCCAGGUGGAUACCCCCGGCGUUCACAACCUACCGAUCCAAGCGAUGGUACGGAUCACUCGACAUAACACUGAUGUACAACCAAAGAGACUGUCUGGACAAAUGAGGUGCAAAAGUGGCAACGUGGGUGAAAAGAAAACACUGAAAGACCUUUUUAAGACUUUUGACCCCACAUCAUCUCCCUUCGGACAGUAACUGCAUUUGGACUAUGGCUCAUAUUGUAUGCACUGUCGGUCAAUGGACUACGCACCUAAUGACUUACACGAACACUUGUCCUUCAUAUGAAUGCUUUUGCUCUAGUGUAUUUUCCCGCUAACAGAUCAGAACAGUAAUUCAUUGCAAAAAUGAUUGUGUAAAAUGCAGGACACCAAUUAUGCAUGCGCACACACACACAGCCCUCCUUAACUACAUUUGAUGAAGUGUUACUCCCAUAUCUUUACUUAGCAACAGCUAAUGUUACUGAUGAAUUGUCAGCCUAGUCUGUCUCGGUGUGAAUUGUUUUUGGGAUUUUCUUAGAUGAGGCAUGUUGAUGUUUUUUUUACAGACUAAAUCAUCAAUCAUGUACAUUUUUAAGGUAAAAAAAAACGAAUGACAUUUUAUUUCAUUUUUAUUAAAGCAGAAAGUAGCCUAUUGGAACAAUUAGCCAGUUAACUAGUAACUAACCGUUGCCCUCUUCCUCCACUCCUGCUGACUACAUUUCCUCUUAUUUGAUGAGUGAAACAAUGGGUUAUUACUCAACUGAUUCUUAUUCCUGUGUGGAGAAUGUCAUUAUUUAAACUAAUGGCGCACCAGUUCUGCUCUGCAUGUAGUGCUUCUCUCUUCUUAUAGUAUGGUGCUGUGCUGUGAAAAAGUAUUUGCCAACCCUUUUCUAAGUGCCUCUACUUUUGCAUAUUAUUCUUUAUACUGAAUGCUUUCAGAUCUUCAACCAAAACCUAAUAUUAGAUAAAGGGAACCUGAGUUAAUAAUUACAGAAUGACUACUUAUUUCAUAAACAAAGUUAUGCAACA